AUGUCGUCAAUGUCUGAAUGUGGUUGUAAAACAUGCGUCUUAGUGCCCACUUAUGAGAAUAAAACGAUAACAAAAUGCAUUUCAGGAUUUCAUCGUCGUUUAUUACCUGAAAGUGCAAUAGUAUUUAGUUCACAAAAAGGAAAGCAAAUAUUCAAAGAAGCUUUGUUAAGCAAUGGCCUAGAAGGAUAUUUUACUCUAGCUGAAACAUUUCAAACACAAGCUGAUCCAGCUUAUUGUGGACCGGGUACAUUAACAAUGGUUUUAAAUAGUUUACAAAUCGAUUCUCAACAAAUUUGGAAAGGUAACUGGCGAUGGUAUUCAGAGGACAUUCUACAAACAUGUGAUAAAAGGAAACCACAAGAUAAUCCGUUAGAAAAUGUUAAUGAGAAUGGAAUUACGUUUGAAGAAUUCUUAUAUUUAGCCGAAUGUAAUGGUGCUUCUGUAAUUCCCUUUCCAGCUAUGUACGGAAGUAUUAAACAAUUUCGUUCGGCGAUAAUAACCGCAUGUACGAGAAAAAAAGAUGAUAUACGAUUAGUUGUUAGUUAUGAUAGAAAAACAUUACAACAAACUGGUGGUGGACAUUUCUCACCAAUUGCCGGCUAUCAUGAAAAAGAUGAUUUAGUACUAAUAUUAGAUGUAGCGCGCUUCAAAUAUCCUCCGCAUUGGAUCUCAGUUGAUUCAUUAUGGCAAUCAUUGCUACAGAUAGAUUCGGUAACGAUGAAGUCAAGAGGAUAUUAUUUGAUAUCUAGAUGGCCAAUGGAUAUUUCAGUUCAAUGUGUCAAAGGUUCUUGUUCAUCUUCUAUAACACCUGACAUUCUAUCAACUAUAUUAUGUCCUUCGGAAGAUAGUCUCGAUAGAUAUCUAGCCACUGUUCUCCCUUCAAAAUUAACGAAUUGUUCAACACUCGAUGAUAUAUUCAUUCAAAUCGUGCAUACAUUUCCUGUAUCAGCAGUACAAUUAUUUACAAAAUUUUCAUUUGAUUUAACGCAAAAAUAUCGUUUAUUAGCUACAAAAUCAGAUAGUUCUCAAUGUAAAUCUUGUCCUAAUACACUAGUCUCGUAUUCAUCGUUCAUACCCAACUCAUUACCUGAGACGUCGUCACUGAAUUGUGAUACAAUGAACAAAUGUAAAGAACCCUGUACUCGUGUUACUAAAUCACAUAUUCAUGCAUACGCUAUACCGCCACAAUGUUCUCUCGCUCCAUUGUUAAAACUUUUUAGCGAAAAUUGUCUGUUCUCAUUAGUCAAACGUAUUGAAAUUGAAAAAUAUUUAACAAUUAAUGACGGCACAAAAGACUUUUAUUUAUUUGGUGGUCUAUCACCAAUGUUUGAUUCCUCUACGAAUGACAAUGAGAUUAAGAAAACAAACAUAAAUCGUUUUGUUGAAUAUGCUUUGGUUUCUAUUAUUCUUUAUGCAAUUCGGCCAUAUGUAUUCAAAUGUUUGACUAACGAAAACUUAAAAAAUACUUUCGAAUUAUUAUUAAACAUGGAUAAUUUAGCAAUUGACUUGAUUACGGAAGUCGAUUAUGCAAAAAUGAGUUUGGGCAUUAAAUAG